AUAUCUGCAGAAUCUCCCACAGCUAAUGGCCCCAGAUUAGAUCUGAUGCAUUCAUUUGAUGAUGUCAUCCUAGAUUUCAUGACAGAACAAGAUAUUCCGGGGGCAAGUGUUGCUCUUAGUAAAGAUGGAAAGCUUUUUUACUGUCAAGGUAAGUGAUGAGGAUGUGCUGGUGAGCUAUUGGUCAAUUUCUUUCCCUUUCCCUAGUAACAGUCCCUGAGGUCUUUGCAAAAGUUAACUUGGUUCAGUGUCUAUUUUGUUCCUAAAGUGGUGAAUUGGAGGGCUAAUGUACACAUGUUUUGUACCGGGCGGGGGGUACUCCCGUAUAUGGGCUAUAUAGGUACGUGCCGCGGAAUAGGGUAUGGGUUUUGAGGUUCUCGGUCCUUAAAUAGGGUAUCUUUUUUGACCCUUUUGUUUCUGUGUCCCUGGUGUGGUCCUUAGAUAGGGAAACUUAAUUACAUUAUCUAAUACUGGAGUGUGAAAACGCCUGCCUAAACGAACGUUUUUUUUUUAAACGUGAUGUAUCCGUUUUAAACUUGAAGUAUUAGCAAAAUGAUUUUGCAACAGAGGAUUAAUAGCCCUUAAGUGGGUAAAUACACGUAACGCCUCUUCAAGCCACACGUUUGUUUUUUCCUUGAAUAGGGUGUCAUUUUUAGGCUUUGGGCCUUAAAAAGGGUAUCAGUUUUUGCUUUCUUAGUCCUUAAAUAGGGUUAGGGUUCACGAACCUUCACGGCACACUCCUAUCCAAAAUUUGCGGGAGUACCUCCCCGGGUUUUUGUACAGUAUAUCUUAUGAAACUGCAAGAACAUAACUUGGAUCCUUUAGGCCACUGUGGAAGCCCCACCCUUUUUUCUCAAUUUGUUUUCAUACAGGUUACGGUAGUGCUGGUGCAGGCAGGAAAGUUCAACCAAAUUUCAUGUUUAGGAUUGCAAGCAUCAGUAAGACAAUAACCGCUGUAGGAAUCAUGAGACUUGUACAGGAGGGAAGAGUCUCACUUGAAGACAGAGUGUUUGGAUCACAAGGUAAUUUUACAGUACAUACUGUCAGUGCCCUAGGAAUGCUAUGAAAUCCUAGUUGUUAGCCCUGCCCACUGUUUGGUGGGGAGGGGGGGAUUACGUGUAGGAAGUAUUUGCAGAAUAUUGGAAAUAACAUCUGUAAACAACUGAAGUGAUAACAACAUGCAUACGUUUUUGCACUUCAAGAAACAUUACGACCUCACACUUCAACUAUAACUGGAAUAUAACAAAACAAGAUAUUGGCAUAUAUAGAUACAUAGUACUAAUGACCAAAUAGCCCAUUUUAUAGUAACAGAUGGAAACGACGCGGGAGUCGACCUUGUUUUUUUAUGGCCCUUCCUGUUGUAAUAUGUAAAUCAUGUUGUUCUUAUGCCAACUAAAUAAAUAUUAAUAAAGUAUAAAUUUCCAUAAGAAAAGGAAGAAGGUUUUUAUCAAAAGAAGGUCAACCUUAACCUCACGUUCACUCAGAGGGUUCGUUGACUAAGCCCACAACACUGUAAAAUGGUCCAUUAAAACUUAAUAUGUUCUUGGGAAGUGAUCCCUUCCCCCCCUAGGGGAAUUGUUGAUGCUGUUUAUGGCCAGUGCUAGUUUAAUAAUUCUCUAAAACAAUAUAAACUAAUGGUUUGGCCCUGUUCCCCCUAUAAUUACAGUCCCAGAAGAUACUAACUGAUGUACAGUUAAACAUGCAUAUAGAAUGCCCUUCAAAAGUGUGAGGAUACAUUUUUUAACCAGCUUAUGUGGGCCAGGAUUGGUGAACUUGUCUUAGCUUACAAGAAAAACUUGGAUGAGGGUAGGGAUAAAUUUAGAAUUUUUAGCUUAAGAGUUAUUGAGUACCAAUUAUGAUCCAUUAAUCCUGCACCCACAAAAUUUACACAGAUCAGUUGCUGCAUUACUAUUUACUUAUGUGAAGUAAUUUACUAAAAACAUAAGCUAAUCUUGAUAGUUAUCCUGUCCUAAUUUUUUGAAGGAAUUCUGAAUGAAUUCAGUCCUACAGUUAAUGGAGACAGACGAAUCGUGGACAUAACAGUUAAACACCUCCUUCAUCACUCAGCUGGCUGGGACCGAGAUAGGGCUGGGGAUCCUGUGUUUUGGAAGGUUGGCAAGCACAUGAAUGUUGAGGAGCCUGUGUCGCCAAAAGUACUCAUACAAUACAUGAUGGGAAGGAAACUACAGUUUGGUCCAGGUACUAAUGUGAGGACAGGACAAUGAAUUUAUCAGCUAGGAAUUUAAAAAAAGAACUCUUUUCUCAGUAGACUAUGAGCAGCCUGGACCAUGAGUUUUUCUUAUUCAGAAGCUUGGCUAUAAUCGAACCUUUAUUAUUUCUGGUGUGCUAUUAAGUAGCCUACUUAUAUUUCCGGCACCUGCAGUGACUAUAGAGUCAAGAAAAAAUAAUAACGACAAUAAUUCUUUAUCAGUUAAUCACAUAAAUGACAACCUUCAUUUAACAGUCUAGAUUAGCUUUUGUUACCUGCAGGACAGUAUAAUUAAUUAACUUAAAACUUACAAUAAAGUUAUGAUGUUGUUGUUGUUGUAGUCACCUCUAUUAAACUGUCUAUGUCUGAAAGGUAAGAGCAGUACUAUGCAUUCAUUUCUUUGUCAAGUCUCUCACUACUUUUUUUCAUUUGUUUGUCUGCUUUUGUUUAAUAGGUAAAAGACAUGCUUAUUCUAACCUGGGCUAUACAAUCUUGGGGCAGGUUAUAGAGAGAGUAACGGGACAGGCCUAUGAAGAGUUUAUGGUGAGCAUUUUAAAGAGUGUAGAAGUGAGCCAGAUGAAGAUUGGAAGAACUCGAAAAAAAGAUUUGGAUGCUAAUGAGGUAAGCAUCUAUAUAAGACCAAACCUGCGUUUUCUUAUUUUUUUUUUUUUCGAGGUUGUAUUAUCAAUGAACUUUGUACAAAAACGUCUCCUUGAUGUUUUGCUUAUUUUGGAAUGUGCACAAAACGUUCGCAAUUUUUUGAUACAUUAUUUGAACUAUAAGUAGAAAAGAAUGACAUUUGUGUACCGGAGACUGACAUGCUGGAUGUAAAGCGUGUUAUAGGGCUGUUAGUAAGACAGUAUACAAAUCUUUUCCUUUAAAAUCUUCAUAUGCAGUAACAAUUUAUAAGUUGUUACUGAACAGAUUACACGACCUCUUUCACACUAAACUUGACAUGAAAGAGCCAUCAGAAAAUUGACCUCUUCGAUCAUUUCCUUUGUGUCAUUUAUCCAUCACAGGUAGAAUAUUUUCAUAAUCAGCAUCCGAGGCUGGUCAAAUCCAUUUUCCCCGACGGGGGUAGAGUGCCACCACAGUACGGAAGGUGGACCAUAGAAGAAGCUGAUGCGCAUGGCGGGUGGAUAGCGACAGCUGCUGACUUGAUGAAGUUUCUGCUGGCUCUUGAACACGGUGUAAAUGGUAAGAGAAUGAUCUCAACUGAAACCUUUAAUGUGAUGCUUGAUAAGCCGUCGUUUGUCGACAAAUGCGCAGAGGAAUGGUACGGAUUUGGUCUGGAUAUCAGAGACAAUGGAAGUACAUGGGGCCACUCCGGACAAAUGGAGGGAACCUCAGGUGUGUUAACACGCCACUGUGGGGGGUACGCUUGGGCCCUGUUGUUCAAUUCUUGGGCUAGCGACUUGGACUUGGAUGGUUUGGUAAAAUACGCUUUGAGUCGAACUGCGCAUGUCACACGACAGCACAUUUCAUCUGAUGUUACUGCAAGGCCUUUUCCCUCACGGCUGCUACCGCUGACUGAUAGCGGUCAUAGUACAGGAAGUUCUUUAAGGGAGACUGGAGUCUUCCCCGAAAAGAUUGUGACUGUAGAUAAUAGACAAAUAAUAGACUUGAUGGUCCCACUUAACCAUUUCUGGACAACAUAUAAUGGUUUUAAAGAACAAGGAUUUGAUUUAACAUGGCUCAAUGCCUUUAGGCUUGCAGAUGUCGUAUAUUUCAAUGUUAUUUUCCUUCAAAAUGGUGGGAUUUCUCCUACAACUGUAUAUAUCGGAUUAACCGUUGAUUCGUGUCGAGAGUGCGUAGAAAAUCUUAAAGACAUUCGUCCUGUGCAUAUCGAGACUUACAUCGACAGCAACGAACUUCACUUUGCUGUAGUUUUAACUCAGGCUAAUGGCGAAACCUGGGAGUUAAGCUACGAUUGUACCGUUGCCGAGCAUAGAAAAAAUAUGACAACCAUGUUUAAUAAGGGUUUUAACUUGACAGUUCAAUGUCUGACUGAAUUCAUGGGGCGACUGCAUGUUACAGCUCUAUACGAGAAAGUUCCUAAUGGUGAAUGUAUAGCCGAGUUCGACAUAAAACCUGAUCAUUACCAAUUUGAAUUCAAUAGGCAAGCAAAGCAGGGUGGACAGUUAUCAUACAUCCGGGCCUAUCAGGUGAAAGGUCAGCCUCGAUUUAGUGCUAUUUGGACCAAUCAAAGGUCGUCGCUAAGUGCGACGAGGCAUAACGUUUCCAAAUAUGGUUUUCUGUUCGAACUUGAAGAGGCAGCAAAGAAGAAUGUCUACGCGCAGUGCGUUAGUAGCUACGUAAAUGAAGGUGUUCUUAAUUUUGUUGCGUCGUGGAGUAAAUAA